AUUGUUCCGUUAUUCCGUUGGCUUUCUUCCGUUGUUCCCACAGUCCCGUUAUUCAUUCACCGUUGUUGACGUGCCUUACGUCGCCGCUGAACGGCAUAUCGCUCUCACAGUUUGAAAAUCAAGCACUAGCCGAGAGGAUCGCCGAGAACUCUUCUCGAAAGGAUCAGUAAGAUACACUGCGAGCCAGAUACUGAUAGCAAUCGGAAUCGGAAAAGUUAUUAAACAGUGAUCGUGCCGCGAAAUUCCACUUGUUUAUAUAAUAAUCAGCGGCUGCCAAGAGCCCAACGGAAUAUACAAGAAAAUUCAUUUUUCUGGCUCUGGUCGUUUAUUUUUUCAGGCAACAAGCUAGCUAGAAAAAAAAAAAUAUAAGAAAGAAACCGAGCAUUUCUGCGUGUUAUGUGUUGUUGUUGUGAUCAGAGAUCAGUGGAUCAGUGAAACGAACCAAGUGAAAGUGAACGCAGAAACCCUCAAAGAAGAGAAAACCACUCAAGUCUCAAGUGAAACCAGGGAAGAAGUCCUCAAAUCAGAAACCAUGUCGGACAUUGAGGAUGUUUUUGGUGGCUCCGCCGAGGAGGAGACCAAAACCGAUGCCCAGCCGGAUGCCGAGAGCAAGAGCAGUGUGGUUACCGAGCAGACCGAGGAAGUGAUUCCCGGGGAGACCGAGAAAAUGGUCACCGAGACCAUUGACGAGGAUGGCGACGUGGUGGAGGAGACCACCGAAGUCACCCGCAAGACGGUCAAGCGCACCAUGAAAAUUACUGAGACUUCAGCCACCACAAAGACAACCACGCUCACCACUCCGGCCAAGCUGUAUGGCAAGGACCUGAGCGAGUACGAUGAUGUGGAUGUGGAGAGUCUGCUGGCCCAGCUCUCGGCCGAGGAGAUAACCAUAUUGGCCAAAGAAGUGGAUCCCGAUGACAACUUCCUGCCGCCUGAUCAGCGCUGCAGCUAUGAGUGCACCAAGGAUGCCACCGGGCCGCUGAACCGCAAGCAGCUGAUCGAGCACAUCAACAAGCAGGCUAUCGAGACCCCCGACCAGCCAGAGUUCGAGCCCUUCGUCCAGGGCAAGGUGCGUGGCAAGAAGUGGGUGCCCCCGCCAAGGGAUGCCCGGGACAUCGAGGCCGAGGAACAGAUCGCCAUCGAUCUGGGCGAGGAGUAUGAACACGCUCUCAACGACGCCACGCAGGAGGAGAUCAUCGAUCUGGCCGCCAUUCUGGGCUUCCACUCGAUGAUGAACCAGGACCAGUACCAUGCCUCGUUGCUCAACAAGGGCCAGCCGGUGGGCAUGGGCUGGGACGGCAUCACCAAGUCUACGCAGCAGAAGCUCUUCCCCAUGGAUCCGCCAAACAGCACAGACGUCGAGGAGUCCAUUAAGCGGGUCAAGGACGAUGACUCCAAGCUGAUUGACCUCAACUUGAACAACAUUAAGAACAUCUCGGACGAGAAGCUCGAGCAACUGUUUGCCGCACUGCCUCAGAAUGAACAUCUGGAAGUCCUCUCGCUGACAAAUGUCGGCCUCACCGACAAGACAGCCCUCCUGCUGGCGGAGGCUAUCGAGAAGAGCAAAACCCUGAGAGUAUUAAACGUCGAGACCAACUUCAUCAGUCCGCCCGUGAUCGUCAGGCUGGUGCAAGCCCUGCUCAAGUGCCGAACCAUUGAGGAGUUCAGGGCCUCCAAUCAGCGAUCUGCGGUGCUGGGCAACAAGAUCGAGAUGGAGAUCACCGACCUGGUGGAGAAGAACUCGUCGCUGCUGCGCCUCGGCUUGCACCUGGAGUUCAACGACGCCCGUCACCGUGUGGCCGCUCACCUGCAGCGCAACAUCGACAGAAUAAGAAAAGAUCUUGAGUUGCGACUGCAGUUCAGAUUUUUCAAUAAUCUGCAUAGAAAGUCAACAAGAAUUCAGUAAGCAGACCAGAAGCAGAAGCAGAAAGCAAGCAAAGCAACUAAACCAUUUUUAAAGCGUUUUGUAAUCUAAACCCCAAGAACCGAAGAUAAAAAACAUAAACAUAUAACAACGAAAGAACGUGUAUAAUAUAAUACUUGUAUAAUGAAGAAGGACUAAGCAGGAGCAGAAGUUUAAGAUAAAGAUAAUCAGCCCCAGAGCUUGGAAAUAAUAUAUCUGUAUACUCUAGAGAGACUUAACUAAGCACAGCAAACUGAAACCAAAGAAACGAAGUGAAAUAUAUCAAACUAUAUACAUAUACUUUUAAAUUAUAUAACGUUAAAGCGCAGUUCGAGCAGGCCCAUCUAGAAUGGGCUCUGUUCGGAGUCGAGGCCUGUUUUAUAAUCCAGCAGAACAAACGUUUAGGCGACACGUAUAUACUUUUCUCUAAAGCUUGACACAGGAAUUAAACUGCGAUGUAUGAUCUAAGUGAAUACCCCAGAUCCGAAUCAAAGUAAACUAUAAUCCCCAACAACAAGAAUAAAAUGUUUUAAGACACUUUUGUGAUUCAAUAAGAACCAACAACUAACAGCAGAAAAUAAAACAGCAGCACCACCGACAACAGAGCCAUGAAUACGUAAAAAUAUUUAAAAAGAAAUAUACUCGAUCCUGAAAUAAUAAUGUAGCUCUGUAUUCGGCGCAGACGAACAUACGUGUGAAACGCCUCAACCAGCGUAAAUAAAAAGACAAAAUCGAAAAAAUUAUAUAGCAGCAACCAACAACAAUUAUAAGCUACCACCACCAACCACCCAAGAACAAAAUC